AGACCCAAGAUGGCCCUUGGCUCCUAGCUCUAGCGUCUGGGUAUAGGGCCCGAGCAUCCGACAUUAGGUCACUAAAUUGGGAUCACCACUUAAGUACUUGAAGUGAUCUUUUGAUGUUUCACUUUGCUCGUAACAUAUCAUAAGCUACCUCAUUCUUUUAGAAUCUGAACUUAUGUUAAACACAAGGAGAGGCUAGCACUCUUGACCCUGGGAUUGCACAUGCAGACGCAGGAUUUGGAGAAGUUGAAGGAGCUGCAGGCCAGCCCGCUUCCCGUGCCAACAAGGGUGACUGGGAAUGUAAAUAAGAAUAAGCUGUUUGUUUCCUGAUGGCUUUUAGUAUAUACUGACAUACUGUCUGUGAUGGCGUCUGAGGCUGAGAAGACCCAUGCUUUACUCCAGUCUUGUAGCACAGAGUCUCUUAUUUCCAGCCUUGGUCUGGGGAUGUUUUGCCUAGUAGCCGACAGACUUCUUCAGUUUUCCAUAAUUCAGCAAAAUGACUGGCUUCGAGCCCUCUCAGAUAACGCCAUACAUUGUGUGAUUGGCAUGUGGUUGUGGGCAAUCGUCAUUGGCGUCAAGAAGACAACUGACUUUGGAGAAAUCAUUUUAGCUGGAUUUUUAGCCUCUGUUAUUGAUGUAGACCACUUUUUUCUAGCUGGAUCUUUAUCUUUAAAGGCUGCUUUGACUCUUCCACGAAGACCUUUUCUUCACUGCUCUACUGUCAUUCCAGUUGUGGUUCUGACGCUGAGGUUUACUAUGCACCUUUUCAAGCUCAAGGACUCAUGGUGCUUUCUUCCCUGGAUGUUAUUUAUAUCCUGGACAUCACAUCAUAUCCGAGAUGGAAUUCGUCAUGGCCUGUGGAUAUGCCCAUUUGGAAAAACCUCUCCUUUGCCAUUCUGGCUUUAUGUUGUCAUCACCUCCUCUUUACCUCACAUCUGUUCAUUCAUUAUGUAUUUCACAGGGACCAGACAAAUGAUGUCUUCAAAACAUGGGAUCCAUAUUGAUGUCUGAGCUAACCGUAUGCCAGGCUUCAAGAAGCAGAUGGUUCUGAUAAUGACAAUUAAGGGGAGCUAACACUAUCAAGUGAAUUUUUAACAAUAUAUUAUAUUAAUUAUUAUAAUUCCUGAAUCUUCUUGCUCAGGAGGCAUGUACGCUUUUUAAAAAAUUGUAUUAAAUUAUAUAUUUGUUUUAAUUCUACUUCUCUCUUCUAUAACACACUAGUACAAUAUUAGAGUUUGAUUUAUCCCAUGAGAGAUUUUGUUUGUUUCUUCUGUUUACCUGGCUCUACUAAUAGAUCCUAGUAGAUUCAGAUCCUGUUAAGUUUUCGGUAUGCGUUUCAGGAUGAAAAACAGAUCAAAUCAUAGGGCUACUAAUUUGCAAAAAGUCACAUUUGUAGCCACAUUUUCCUGAGAUUCUGCAACAGUGCAACAGCCAACAUAAAUGAGAUCGUGCGUAAGAUGUAGAGUGAACACUCCCAUUUCUGUAUUUCAUGUAUAUUGGUCCUGAUGACAGUGUGAUUGGCCACAUACUUCAGUACGUUGCAAUUACUGGCAGAAUCCUUUUCCGCACCCUUGUGAGAAAUCAUUAUAAUACCCAUACGAGAUAGUAACGAACCGUAGAUCUAGAUGAUUGUUUCAGGAAUCACUUUAGGAAAUAAUUAUUGUAAUAUGUUGACUGUAGUAACAUCCUGCUCAAGUAUUAUUUUUUUAGUAUCUUUGUCCAAAAAUCUCAUGUGUUACAGUUUUAACUGUUCUGAAAAAGUAACUAAAUUUGACAAAAUAUUUGUUAAAAGUUAACAAAAUAUUGAUACUUGGCUUAUAACCAUGUAAUUUGAACUGACACAAAAAAGGACUUAACCAGUUUCUUCAAAUGUAAAAUCCUGAAUGUGCCAUUAAAAUUGUUUUAGUUGCUGCCAAUUUGUUUACACACUAUUUUAAAGUGUAUCGGUUAAAUAAUUUUUAAAAUACCUGCCUGAUACUGAGAAACAAAACAUAGGUUUUUCAAAAUGAAGGAUUUUUAGGAAAUUUGCUUUUGCCUUCCUUCUUGCAGGUUGAUCUCUUAAAAAUGAUAACCUUUAUUAGAGAAAGAAAAUUUAGUUGCUGUAAAAUUUUACAUUUUCAGUUUAAUAUUCCUUUGAUAUAAAAGUCAGUGUCCUAACAGCACUUGCUUUUUUUUUCAGUAUCCUAUGUACCAUUUGCUGUCUUUAGAUUUUCUUACACAUUUGUGAUUUGUAAUGCUAGUGAUUGUGUGCCUUAUUCUCCAAGAGAUGCUGAAGCAAUGCCUUAUCCAAAGCAUAUUUUUCUUAUUUAUUAAGUUAAACAGAGCUCUGUAAAUUGUUGUAAAGGUUCACACUCUUUAGUUUUUCUUUUUGUUGUUAACCAAUUAGUUGCAAUCAAUUAUGUUUUAGAAUCUAUUAGAUUGUAAAUCUAAUAGAUCUUUCAUGAGCAAUGAUUGUGUCAGUUUGUUUGGUAUAAUGAGUAUUAUAUAGUGGGGGCAAAUUUGAAUAAGGUAGAGAUUUUUUAAGGAUAUAAUUUCAGAAAUCAAUGGAAAUAAAGCAUAUAUCUUGUAUCACCUUUUCUAAGUUAUAAAACUC